GCGCCUCUCUUUCCUACGUCUGACUCGGUUCUCGACUGCUCCGGGCCGCCGUUGUAUUGUGGGAUCGCUGCGCCGUGCCUGAGACGCUCGGAUCCGCAGGGGCGCCCACUUGCUAGCGCCUCCUGUCGUCUGUAAGGUUGCCCUGCCAUUUCUCGGCACCCCAACUCCCCCCACCCCCCUAUCGCCUCCUCCUCCAUCCUCCAGUUCAAAAUGGCGGCGGCGGCGGCAGCGGUGGUGGCUAUGGCUCCUCCGGGCUGCCCGGGUUCUUGCCCCAACUUCGCCGUAGUCUGCUCCUUCUUGGAGCGCUACGGGCCGCUGCUCGACCUGCCUGAGUUGCCGUUCCCCGAGCUGGAACGGGUGCUGCAAGCUCCGCCGCCGGACGUCGGUAACGGAGAAGUACCUAAAGAAUUGGUGGAGCUCCAUUUGAAGUUGAUGAGGAAGAUUGGCAAAUCUGUUACAGCAGAUAGAUGGGAAAAAUAUUUGAUCAAGAUAUGUCAAGAGUUUAACAGCACCUGGGCAUGGGAGAUGGAGAAGAAAGGCUAUCUUGAAAUGAGUGUUGAAUGCAAGUUAGCACUCUUAAAGUACCUCUGUGAGUGUCAGUUUGAUGACAAUCUCAAAUUCAAGAAUAUUAUCAAUGAGGAGGAUGCCGAUACCAUGCGUCUCCAGCCAAUUGGCCGUGACAAAGAUGGCCUCAUGUACUGGUACCAGUUGGAUCAAGAUCACAAUGUCAGAAUGUAUAUAGAAGAACAAGAUGAUCAAGAUGGCUCUUCAUGGAAAUGCAUCGUCAGAAAUCGAAACGAGUUGGCUGAGACUCUUGCGCUCCUGAAAGCACAAAUUGAUCCUGUACUAUUGAAAAACUCUAGCCAACAGGACAACUCUUCCCGGGAAAGUCCCAGCUUAGAGGAUGAGGAGACUAAAAAGGAGGAAGAAACACCUAAACAAGAGCAACGGAAGGAAAGUGAAAAGAUGAAAAGUGAAGAGCAGCCAAUAGAUUUAGAAAACUGUUCUACACCCAAUGCUCUAGAAGAGACUACUGUGAAAACAGAAAAAGAAGAUGAAAAGGAACUUGUAAAACUGCCAGUCAUAGUGAAGCUAGAAAAACCUUUGCCAGAAAGCGAAGAAAAAAAGAUUAGCAAAGAAGAAAGUGAUUCCUUCAAGGAAAAUGUCAAACCCGUAAAAGUUGAAGUGAAGGAAUGUAGAGCAGAUCCUAGAGAUAUCAAAGGUAACAUGGAGAAGCUAGAGCCUGAGAGGCUAGAUUUUGCCGGCAAUGUUAAAUCUUCUCAAGAAAUCACUGAGAAGUCUACUGAAGAAACCGAGAAACUUAAAAAUGACCAGCAGGCCAAGAUACCACUAAAAAAACGAGAAAUUAAACUGAGUGAUGAUUUUGACAGUCCAAUCAAAGGACCUUUGUGUAAAUCAGUUACUCCAACAAAAGAGUUUUUGAAAGAUGAAAUAAAACAAGAGGAAGAGACUUGUAAAAGGAUCUCUACGAUCACUACUUUUGGUCAUGAAGGGAAACAGCUGGUAAAUGGAGAAGUUAGUGAUGAAAGGGUAACUCCAAAUUUUAAGACAGAACAGAUGGAGAUGAAGUUUUAUGAUACAAAGGAAGAUAGCUGUAGCCCCUCUAAGGACCGAAGUGUCAUCAUGGAGGGAAAUGGAGCAGAGUCUUUAAAUUCUGUCAUAACGAGUAUGAAAAUAGGUGAUCUUGAGAAAGAAGUGGUCACUUUAGGGAAAGAUGCAGAUAGUUCAAUAUCAGCCUUAGAGACACAGAGUCACAAAGGGCACAUAGAGGAAACUGGUCCUCCAGAAAUGGAAACCCCUCUUGAGACUUCUGAAAUAGCAAAGCAUCUCUCUUUAAAAACUGCUUUAUCUACCGCUGAAUCCUGUAGCAUGAGAGUUGAAGAGAGGUCUCCCAAAAGUAAGAAGGAUAAGCGCCCACCAGUCCUAGAAUGUCUUGAAAAGUUAGAGAAGUCCAAAAAGACUUUUCUUGAUAAAGACACUCAAAGAUUGAGUCCGAUACCAGAGGAGGUUCCAAAGAGUACUGUAGAAUCAGUAAACGCAGGGUUUCCUGAGACAGCUGAAACUUCUCCAUCAUCUAAUGUGACUGUCCACUGUGAGAAACUAGCCUCAGAAAAAGAAGUGGUAGAGUGUCAGAAUAGCAGUUCCACUGAAGGUCAGUCUUUGGAGAAAAUAGACCCAGAAAUUUUAAAAGUGGAUUCUGAAUCCACAAAGGUAGAAGUGGAUAAUCUGGACAAUGCCCAGACCUCUGGCACAGGUGAUCCUUCUGAGACAAAGGGUUCUAUGCAAAAAAGCAAAUUUAAAUAUAAGUUGAUUCCUGAAGAAGAAACCACUGCCUCAGAAAACACAGAAAUAACCUCUGAAAGGCAGAAAGAGGGCAUCAAAUUAACAAUUAGGAUAUCCAGUCGGAAGAAGAAGCCAGAUUCUCCUCCCAAAAUUCUAGAGCCAGAAACCAAGCAAGAGAAGACAGAAAAGGAAGAAGAGAAAACAAAUGUGGGUCGUACUUUAAGGAGGUCUCCAAGAAUAUCUAGACCCACAGCAAAAGUAGCUGAAAUCAGAGAUCAGAAAGCUGAUAAAAAAAGAGGGGAAGGAGAAGAUGAAGCGGAAGAAGAGUCAGCAGCUUUGCAAAAAACUGAGAAAAAAGAAAAUUUGAAAAAAACAGAGAAAGAUACAAAUUCUAAAGUAACCAAGGUAAAACCCAAAGGCAAAGUUCGAUGGACUGGUUCUCGAACACGUGGCAGGUGGAAAUAUUCCAGCAAUGAUGAAAGUGAAGGGUCUGACAGUGAAAAAUCAUCUGCAGCUUCGGAAGAGGAGGAAGAAAAGGAAAGUGAAGACGCCAUCCUAGCAGAUGAUGAUGAACCAUGCAAAAAAUGUGGCCUUCCAAACCAUCCUGAACUAAUUCUCCUGUGCGACUCUUGUGACAGUGGAUACCACACUGCCUGCCUUCGCCCUCCUCUCAUGAUCAUCCCAGAUGGAGAAUGGUUCUGCCCCCCUUGCCAACAUAAACUACUGUGUGAAAAAUUAGAGGAACAAUUGCAGGAUUUGGAUGUUGCCUUAAAGAAGAAGGAGCGUGCUGAACGCAGGAAAGAACGCUUGGUGUAUGUGGGUAUCAGUAUUGAAAACAUCAUUCCUCCACAAGAGCCAGAUUUUUCUGAAGAUCAUGAAGAAAAGAAAAAAGAUUCCAAAAAAUCCAAAGCAAACUUGCUUGAAAGGAGGUCAACAAGAACACGGAAAUGUAUAAGUUACAGAUUUGAUGAGUUUGAUGAAGCAAUUGAUGAAGCUAUAGAAGAUGAUAUCAAAGAGGCUGAUGGAGGAGGAGUUGGCCGAGGAAAAGAUAUCUCCACUAUCACAGGCCACCGUGGAAAAGAUAUCUCUACUAUUUUGGAUGAAGAAAGAAAAGAAAAUAAACGACCCCAGAGGGCAGCUGCUGCUCGCCGGAAGAAACGCCGGCGACUAAAUGAUCUGGACAGUGACAGCAACCUGGAUGAAGAAGAGAGUGAGGAUGAAUUCAAGAUCAGUGAUGGAUCUCAAGAUGAGUUUGUAGUAUCUGAUGAGAACCCAGAUGAAAGUGAAGAAGACCCACCAUCUAAUGAUGACAGCGACACUGAUUUCUGUAGCCGAAGACUAAGGCGACAUCCCUCCCGGCCAAUGAGGCAAAGCAGGCGUUUGCGGAGAAAGACUCCAAAGAAAAAGUACUCCGAUGAUGAUGAAGAGGAGGAAUCUGAGGAGAACAGUAGAGACUCUGAAAGUGAUUUUAGUGAUGGUUUUAGUGAUGAUUUUGUAGAAACUCGGCGAAGGCGGUCAAGGAGGAACCAGAAAAGACAAAUUAACUACAAAGAAGAUUCAGAAAGUGAUGGUUCCCAGAAGAGUUUACGACGUGGUAAAGAAAUCAGACGAGUUCACAAGCGUAGGCUUUCCAGCUCAGAGAGUGAAGAGAGCUAUAUAUCCAAGAACUCUGAAGAUGAUGAGCUAGCUAAAGAAUCAAAGCGGUCAGUUCGAAAGCGGGGUCGAAGCACAGAUGAGUAUUCAGAAGCAGAUGAGGAGGAAGAGGAAGGUAAACCAUCCCGAAAACGGCUACACCGGAUCGAGACAGACGAAGAGGAGAGUUGUGACAAUGCUCAUGGAGAUGCAGAUCAGCCUGCCCAUGACAGCCAGCCCAGGGUUCUGCCCUCAGAACAAGAGAGCACCAAAAAGCCCUAUCGGAUAGACAGUGAUGAGGAAGAGGACUUUGAAAAUGUAGGCAAGGUGGGGAGCCCUUUGGACUAUAGCUUAGUGGACUUACCUUCCACCAAUGGACAGAGUCCUGGCAAAGCCAUCGAGAACUUGAUUGGCAAGCCAACUGAGAAGCCUCAGACCCCCAAGGACAACAGCACAGCCAGUGCAAGCCUGGCCCCCAAUGGGACAAGUGGUGGGCAGGAGGCAGGGGCACCAGAAGAGGAGGAAGAUGAGCUUUUGAGAGUGACUGACCUUGUUGAUUAUGUCUGUAACAGUGAACAGUUAUAAGACUUUUUUCCAUUUUUGUGCUAAUUUAUUCCACGGUAGCUCUCACACCAGCGGGCCAGUUAUUAAAAGCUGUUUUAUUUUUCCUAGAAAACUCCACUACAGAAUGACUUUUUAGAAGAAAAAUUUCAACAGACCUUGAAGUCUUUCUGUGAAGUGACCAGUUUUGAACUUUGAAGAUAAAUAAUUGCUGUAAAUUCCUUUUGAUUUUCUUUUUCCAAGUUCAUGGUCCUUGGUAAUUUCAGUCAUGGGAAAAAAAUCUUAUUGUAACAACAAAGAUUUGUAUAUUUUUGACUUUAUAUUUCCUGAGCUCUCCUGACUUUGUGAAAAGGGUGGAUAAGAAUGCAUUCCGAAUCUGUGAGGGCCCAAAAACAGAAUUAGGGGUGGGAGAAAGCACUUGUGCUUUAGCUUUUUCAUAUUAAAUAUAUAUUAUAUUUAAACAUUCAUGGCAUAGAUGAUGAUUAACAGACUGCUUAAAAGUUCAAGUCUGUAUUAUUGCAGUUUGAGAAUUGUAGAUAGCAUCAUACAUAAGUCAUUUAGUAACAGCAUUCAUGAAAUCAGCUUGUUUACUAUUGGAGAUAACCACACUUAAUAAAGAGACCGAAAAAGUACCAUCAUAAAAAACUCUAAGUUUCUCUUAUAGCGGAGUUUGUUGUUUAAAAAAAAAAUCAUCUGAAAAGUAUUUGUACAGUAAAAUGUAUAAUGAAGCUUUGACAACCAGAUUGUGCUAGUAAAAAAAUUUUUAAAACAGCUUUAUGCAGUGGUGAUGAGGUGGCCUUUAAUAUGCUGUCAUGGAGAAUUAUUAGUGAAAUGAGUGUGGUCUUUCAUAAGGCCCGGGUGGACUAUAAACUUUGCAGAUAGUGUAACUCUUGUCUUCUGGCCACUUAAUAUUUAAAUAUCUGAAAUAUUUUAAAAUAAGUACAUCUAUACAUACAUGAAGAGAUGGAUGCUAAGCUGACCGCAGUAUUUUAGCACAUUGUAGAAGGGGAAAGGAUUUUCAGGUGAAUUUUAACUGGUCUAUUCUUGCCCUUAGUAUCUACUUCAAAUUGAAGUCUACAAACAAAGCAGUUCCUUUGGGAGGUUUUUAGUUUGAGUUUUUGUGUGUGUGUGUGUGUGUGUGUGUGUGUGUGUGUGUGUGUGUUGGAAUUUCCUAUCUGCCUGGAUAUACUAGCAGGGUUUGAAUGUAGUUUUGGCCUUUGGCCAUUAGACUUCUAUUAAAAUUCAUUAAUAGUCACACGACCAAUAUAGAAUUGAUUGAAAACCACCAAUGUAUUUAAUAGGUAUGACAUCCUUUUCAAACAUCUCAACACUUUAAAGAAAGAUAAAGCCCUUUGUUUCAAGAAAAAGGGGUUUGUAACUAACUAAAUAUCUAACAUGUAAUUGACACUAAAAUAUGAACUUGUCUUAGUUUCUGUUACAGCUGUAAAAUUUCAGGCAGAGCCAUAAAUAACAUUGUACAAAGUGUAGCACUUGUGAUUAAACCUUGCCUGUCAAAUUCUGAAACCUUCAGCCAUUACUUCUGUGAAUACUUUUGCCCUGGGAUUGGGUUUUCUGUUCCAGUGUUGUGUCUGUUGCCGGCAAUGGACACACCAUAUCUGCUGCUGGCCCAAGGAACUUCAUUAAUUUUUCUUUCCAAAUUAAGCAUUAUAUGUGCUAGUCAGUGUGUAGCAAAGCACUUCUCUUUUUUAUAAUUAAAAAGCUGGCAUUAGACUUGCAUUAUAAAUACCUCUCUAGAAACUUUAUACUCCUUUUCCUCCCUCCACAGGUGUUGCCCUUAAAUCUUAUCUUUUGGCCUUGAAAGUUUAUAGCUGUUGUUUUUCACUUGUUGGUUCUUGGGUUUUUUUGUUUUGUUUCAUUUUAGUUCUGUAGUACCUACCCAUUGAUAUUUUUGCUUUGAUUCUAGCAGUGUAUAUGUAUCUGUAAAAAAAAAAUAAAAGAAUGAAAGCAGCCUAAAAAUAGGAUGCACCAACAGCAUGUGGUUCCAAGCAAGUUGUGAUUUUUAUUUUGAGACAGUGUUCCACCAGAAGGGAGGGAAGGGCUUACAUUCACAGACAGUAAGUAGGGCUAUGUAAGGAGCCACAUUCACUUACCAAGCCUGCUUUCUGGCUAGGUUUGUUUCAUUUAUUUGAAAGUCAGUUAAGAAUGUUGGCCUUUUUAACUAUCUAAAACAGGCAGGCAAUAGAAGGAUUCCUAUUAAUGCAAGGUAAGUGGUUAGAAUGUGCAGGUGGCUUAUCCUGCCCCCAGUCUCCCGCUACCAUUUUAGUUCCGCAGUUGGGUAAAGCCACUAAGGUGCAGAAACUCCCAUGUACCCUCUCUCUACCUCUGGACACACCAGCUUCUGCUUCAGCCUAUUAGUCUUCUUCAGUUAAGCAAAUGACAAGAAGAAGUAUUAAAUGGGUAGAUUAUUUAUUUUACAGGAUGCCUAAUGUGAAAUAAGGAGUUCUUUUUACUCUUCUGCUAUAGAGAGCAAAAGGUAAUUUUUAUCUUAGUAAGGACUGAGUAUUCUAUUUAGCAAAUGUCCCACUGACAUUGAUACCAUUUUUGCUGCCUGUUACUUACCAAACUUGAAUUCAGUGUUUGUGAACUUGAUAGUGUUUCCCUUUGAAUUCCCUUCACAUUCUGAUUAAACCAGUUAACUAUGCUUCAUCUACAAAGAGUGCAAUCUAAGCACCUGAUAGUUAACAAAUUGCUAUCAUGCAGGUAGGUUAAUUAUGGCUGAUUAAAUGUUGAACAGUUCAAAAACAAUUCUGCUGCUUGGUGUUUAGAUUCAGUCCCUCAAAGAGUCUGUGUUUGCUGAAAUACUAACUCUGAACAUGCUUUGAAGAAGUUAAAAAAGAACAAAAUGUAAGGAAAAGUGAAUUUUCUAUUUCCAAAGACAUAAUUCAGUCAUUAGGAACUGGACAGAGUAUAGGAAAGCAGCAAUUCAUCUAGAGUUUAGAACAUUUUGGAUCCUUGUAAUUAGAGUACUAACCAUGGAUUUAGGCUCCCAAUAGCUGCUAUGUAAUAGAGCCCUUUAAUACUUUAAACCCCCUUUUUGGAAAUACAAAUUGGACUCCCAGUAUCAAACUCCACAGUCUAUAGGAAAUAUAUUAAGGGGAGAUGUAGUUUAGUACUCAGAAUAUUUAGUUUGCAGUGUCUGUAAAGGUUUGAAAACUAGACAGAUUUUCACAAAGCAGAAACUUUGAAUUAAAAUACGUGAAAAGAACUCAGACUGAAAAUAACAUGUUUUGGUUUUGUAGACUUGUGCUGAUGAAAUAGUGUUUUGUGUAAACAUUUUCUGUUGUUGGCACAUUACUGGAGAAUGACGGCAGCGACAUUCUCAAGAAUAUACCUGAUUUAUUGAGGUCGGGUUUCCUUGGCACAUCUUUUUCCAGUUGGUCAAGGUUGCAGAUUCCGAGAAUUAAAAGGAGUUUCAUUUAGAAUAAAUUCAUGUCUACUGAUAAUUUUUUUAAAUGAUCUACCAAAGAAUCAAGGACUUCAAAUGCUAAAGAAGUUGUUGAAAAAAAGAUUUUUAAACAAAUUAACAGGACAUUACAAACUCCAGUUUUUACUUUUUGGUUGAUAGAACCCAUCCCAUAAUAUGCAUUUGGGCAAAGAACAUAUAUUAAGAAAAAUGUAGGUGUUUACUGUUAUUUAGAAUUUAAAAGGUGGGGAAAUGUUAGCUAUUUUUAAAUGGGACUGAUGGCAUUUCCUCUGUCACAAGGAAUGCCUUUUUAGCUUAUGUUUGUGGGGAUAAGAGAUGUUAACCGUUCGCUAGUUCUACCAUACAAUUGAAAGGAACCUAAUGAAUUUACAAGUUUAAUAUUCAGAAAAAGUUGUGAACUGCCCUUCACCAACACAGUGGAACAAACAGGUCCCUGAUUCAUGGCAUUGCCUCACAGCUAUAGGACAAGUAUUCAAAGACCCAGAUCUUUUUUUAAAUGGAAUAAUCAUAUAUGUAUGUGUAUAUAUAUAUAUAUAAAUUAAUAUGUAUAUACAUAUCUUAGAUGUUAGAAAAAAUAAACCCUUUGAAAUUAUUAUUUGACACUAUAAAAAAUAAGACAUAAUUUUAACUGAUGUGAAAUUAUGAACAUCAUUUAAUUACACAAAGCCUAGAGAAAAAUAGUGAAGUUCCUCUUCUUGGUUUAACAUCCUGGUUCUCCCAAGAAGCAAGAAUGCCAAGACUGCAUAACUUCUGUAUCUACCUAGUCCUCUGCUUAAUAUCUGUUAUUAAACUUUCUUAGAAUAAAUUCCAUUCCUAUUUUAUCCACCAUUCCCAGUUUGUACCUGUAAACCUACCUUGGAAGUGGCAAGCUAACUGCUGAUUUACUUCAUUGUUUUUAUACCAAUCCUGAAAGACAAGA